ACUCCAAAACAGAAAAUACUAACAUUAUUUGUAAAUAUAGAACUCAUACACCUUCUAUAAAUUACACCUCCCAUCACGAAAUUAAAUCAAGUCCAUCACAAAACCCUCUAUAGCUAGCUCUAAAAUGGCAAACCAUUCCCCCAUUUCUUCUUCACAAAUUUUGACAAUUCUAACCUAUCUUCUCUGCGUUUCUGGUGAGCUGAUGCCAUGGCCUACCGCAAUCCCUAGCCACAUUCAGUCACUCGACAUAGCGUCGAGGCUUCACAACGACGUCGACUCCAUGAAACGAGCUUCAAACGACUACGGAAACCUCGUCCACGAGGCUCCAUCUGCAAUUCUCUACCCUUCAUCCAUCGCCGACAUCAUCGACCUCGUGAAAUUCUCCAACAACUGCUCCACCCCCUUCGGCGUCUCCGUGCGCGGCCACGGCCACUCCGUGAGGGGGCAGGCCAUGGCCCGCGGCGGCGUGGUGGUGGACAUGUCGUCCCUCCCGACUCGAAACGUGAGGGUUUCCCGGCACCCCACGUUAGGGUUUCACUACGCCGACGUCGGGGGGGAGCAGCUGUGGGUGGACGUGCUGCGCGCCACGGCGUCGGAGCACGGGCUGGCGCCGGUGUCGUGGACGGACUAUCUGUACCUGACGGUGGGCGGGACGCUGUCCAACGGCGGCAUCAGUGGGCAGGCGUUUCUUCAUGGCCCUCAGAUUAGCAAUGUUGUUGAAAUGGAUGUUGUCACAGGUAAAGGAGAUUUGAUAACAUGCUCCCACCACAUGAAUUCUGAGCUAUUUUUCGCAGUUCUUGGCGGCCUCGGUCAGUUCGGCAUCAUAGUCAGAGCAAGAAUCAUCCUAGAUAAAGCUCCUACAAGAGCAAAAUGGGUGAGAAUGAUAUACAGUGAUUUCUCGAAAUUCACAAGAGAUGAAGAACACCUCAUCUCAAUAAAUGGAGCAAAUUAUGUGGAGGGGUCCCUACUCACAGACAAAAGCCCUCCAAAUAACUGGAGAUCCUCUUCUUUCUACUCAUCUUACCAUCAAUCCAAAAUUGCCACUCUCUUGAAAAACAAUCAAGGCCUCCUCUACUCCAUCGAACUCGUCAAAUACUACGACCAUCUCACUGCCCACACCAUUGAUCAGGAAAUAGAGAUGAUGGUAGAAAAUCUGAGCUUCGUAGAUGGAUUCAUUUUCAUGAAAGAUGUUCCGAUGAUGGAUUUUCUAGCAAGAGUGGGGAACUUGGAGGCGGAGAAGGAGGCGCAGGCGCACCCAUGGCUAAAUCUGUUCGUCCCAAAAUCUCGACUGCUGGAUUUUCAUUCGGGUGUGCUAAUCAACAUAAUUGGGAGGCAUAACCAAACCACCGGACCCAUCCUUUUCUACCCUUUUCACCGAAAAAAAUGGGAUGAUAGAAUGUCUGCUGUCACACCAGAUGAGGACAUCUUCUACACUCUAGGGCUGCUCCACACGUGCGGGGCCCACGAGCGGGGAUAUUUCGAAGCCCAGAAUAAUGAGAUAAUCAAAUUCUGUGAAGAAGCAGGCAUCGAAAUCAAGCAGUAUCUCCCCCACUAUAAAUCUAGGAGAGAUUGGAUGAAGCAUUUUGGUGGCAAAUGGGAAAGUUUUGAAGAAAGAAAGAUGGAGUUCGAUCCAAGAAUGAUAUUAUCUAGGGGCCAAAAUAUUUUUGAUUCUGUUACCUACUCAGAUAUAUGAGAUGCAGAUAAUUUUGUAGAAUAUAUAAUUAGGUCCAUUUAUCCAACGCAAGGUAUAUAUUUCAGUGCCAUAGUCUGCAGUACGUACUUCAGUUUUGUGUUGAAAAGAAUUGUACCUCUUCACAUGCAUCCAUUGUCCUGCAACUUUUUUGUG